CUUCCGGCUCAGAUGGUUCGCAACCUCGAGAUGAAGAAGAUGGCGGCGGCAGUGGCUUCGUUAGCCACGGUGGCGACGGAUCCUGGAGAGGACGCCUUCCGGAAACUUUUCCGCUUCUACCGGCAGAGCCGGCGGGGGACGGCGGACCUGGGGGCGGUCAUCGACUUCUCGACUGCACACGUGGCCCGAGGCCCGAGCCCCGGCGUGCCCAAGGUGGUCAGAUUUCCUCUGAAUGUGUCCUCGGUGACUGAUCGUGAUGCCUGUAGGGCAGGACUUCAGCCUGUGAGCAAGUGGCAGGCUUAUGGGCUCGAAGGCUAUCCUGGAUUUAUUUUCAUCCCAAACCCAUUCCUCCCAGGAUGUCAGUGGCACUGGGUAAAGCAGUGCCUUAAGUUAUACUCCCAGAAACCUAACGUGUGUAACCUGGACAAGCACAUGACUAAAGAAGAGACCCAAAGUCUGUGGGAACAGAGCAAAGAGUUCCUAAGGUCUAAAGAGGUAAAUAAACGGAGACCCCGAAGUUUACUAGAGAGACUGCGCUGGGUCACCCUGGGGUAUCAUUAUGACUGGGACAGUAAGAAAUACUCAGCAGAUCACUAUACACCUUUCCCUUCUGACCUGGCUUUCCUCUCAGAACAAGUCGCCGCUGCCUGUGGAUUUCAGGGGUUCCAAGCAGAAGCAGGUAUCCUGAAUUACUACCGCCUUGACUCUACACUGGGAAUCCAUGUGGACAGAUCUGAACUAGAUCACUCCAAACCCUUGCUGUCCUUCAGCUUUGGACAGUCUGCCAUCUUUCUCCUGGGUGGUCUCAAGCGAGAUGAGGCCCCUACAGCCAUGUUUAUGCACAGUGGCGACAUCAUGGUGAUGUCAGGUUUCAGCCGCCUGUUAAAUCAUGCAGUCCCUCGAGUCCUUCCGCAUCCUGAUGGGGAAUGCCUGCCUCACUGCCUGGAGACACCUCUCCCAGCUGUCCUCCCUAGUGAUUCACUGCUUGAGCCCUGCUCUGUAGAGGACUGGCAGGUGUGUGCCACCUAUUUGAAAACUGCUCGAGUUAAUAUGACUGUUAGACAGGUACUGGCCACAAACCAGGACUUCCCCUUAGAACCCAUGGAGGAGACAAAAAGAGACAUUACUGCAGAUGGUUUGUGCCAUCUGGAUGAUCAGAGUAGCCCAGUAAAACGGGCGAGGCUAAAUUCUGACACUUAAGACUUAAAGGUUAGAUCUGUUGCCAUGCACUCUCGCCCCAAGGCAGUCCUCACACAGGGGCAGGGAAGAAGUCAUCCGUCAUGCCGCUGUCUGGAUGUGUCUUGGAGAGUAGAAUAAUUACAGUUUUCUCAGAGAAGUGUUUGAAUCCAGCUCAAUACAAGCAGGAAUGUGUUUGUCAUACCUCAAUAGGUAUGAUAAUGAUCCACAUGGAUUUCUCAGCCUCUGCUGUUAUCUCAGGAGAAAGAAGUGAGAUCGUAUGUCUAUGGUGUGUCACUACCUCAGAGCUUAUUAAGAGGAAAUAGUAUCUUCCUCUCAGCAUUAUAUAAUUUGUGAACCAGCAACCAGAAUUCCUAACUCCUAGUUGUCAUCAAAUACUUUGAGAUCUUCACUCUUCUCUGCCCUCAGAGAGGGAUCUUAUGCACAUGAAGACAGUGGAAUUAGAGUGUCCCUCGGGAGCUGGUGUUGUCUCUUGGUUGGUAGAGCUCAUGUCUACCAUGCAUGUGUCCUGGGUUCACUACCCUGUACCACAUGAAUCCGGUGUGGUGUGGCCUGCCCCGGCGCUCCAAGGGUGGAAGAUCUGAAGUUCAAAGGCAUCUUCAGCUACAUACAUAACAAAUUCAAAGGCCAGCCUGAGCUACAUGAUACACAGACACAAAGUGCCCCCCUCUCCCGAAGAAGUUAGAGAUAAAUACAUGUAAAACAAAGGAAAAGAGAAAGUAGUGUCUGUGUCUUUUAUAACUCCAAACUCUUUCUGGUGGCUUUUUAAUUGGCUUUAAUGGACUAAGAAAGUUUCUAGAGUAUUUUGUUAGCUGUUUUCUCCAUGAAUAAACACUCCCAUCUUAAACUAAAGAUCUGUAUCUCUUUGAGAGUGUAUCAGGGAUACACUUUUUCUUUAUUUGCUGUAUUGAUGCUGUUGAAGCCUCUUCAGCAGCUGGCUGUUUCUCUCCUAAGUAUUGUGGCUGUCAUAACAGAACAUUCUGUGAAAGUCCAGUCACUGCCAUAGUUUUUGAUGUCAGAUUUAAUGUCAUGGGGUGGGGGUAAUAAGGGAGUUAGGUGCUCCUGUCUAUAAACUGGGUAUGCCUAUUAGUGUAGGAGACUGGGACUGUCUGGAAGCCAUGCCACGGCCUGUGAUUUGCUUAAUCUCUACCUUUCUCUGCCCUCUAUUUAUCUGCACUUGGUUAUUGAAUUCAUAGAUACUGCAUUUUUUGUCAGGGGCAAAAAUUAAUACAAAUCACUUACAUAAGCUGGGUUCUAAAAAUUGGUGCAUGGUAGGAAAUUUUUAUGUAACUCAUCCCUGGGAAAAUUUCCUUGUUUUCUUUGAUGUUUCUUAAAUGUAACCCACCUGAAACCAACAAGCUGUCAUUUGGUAAAUCCAACAGAAAGUUUAUCCUUUACUAAGAGAGACUGUUAGAGUAUCAGAUAAAGGCAUUUGCCUAUUUUUAGGAGCAAGUGGAAAUAGGCUAGCCAAGGAAAGAGACCUGUCUCCGUCCCAAGCUCCUCUAGGGAGCUUGCAAGUUACAGGCCAUGCAGCCCAGCUCAGUUCAUUUCUGUCUGCAAGCCGCUGUAAAUGGCUGAGAGAUAUGGGGAGGGAAACAUAAGAACAUGCCGACACAUGAAUCUUGUAUGAAGCUCCUGCAUCAGAAUUAACUUCUUGAGGGGUAGCUGAAGAGAGGACCCAGAAGUUAAGAGCACUUGCUUUUGUGGAGGACCCAAGUUCAGUUCCAGGAGAUCCUGGGUUCUUAUAUCCUCUGGUCCCUAGGCCCACAUGUGACAUACACAGCAAAACGGGCAAACACGUUUUGUUGUUAAAGACUUUAAGAAUGAGUCUCUUAAGUUAAAUGAUUGUAUGAGAGUGCAAGGUUAGAAAAUUGCAGAACCUAAAGGAUAGGAUGGAUCUGCACCGUGACAGAGCAAGUCUAACCUAAGAAACUACAUCUGAAGAAAGGAACCCAGAAACAAGCCUGACACCAAGGAACAAGCCUUGGAUAUAUAUAAUUGAUGGUAUCAGUGCAUGGAUAGUAGAACUAGAGCAACUGGCACCCAUAAUGCUCUCUGCUGGUGAGGAUGUUUGCAUUAUGGGACAUAGUCCUAGACUAUCCUCUCUCAGAUACUGUUUAGGAAAUACAUGACUUCUAAAUGUUUUUUUCAGUGGUGUGUCCUUGGGCCCAAUAAAUUUUACUUCUGGGAACUGAGUCUACAGAAGUCAUCAGAGCCAUUCAGGAAGGCUUUUUUUUUUCUUCUCCAGGAAGGCUUUUGUACAAGAAUUUAUCAGAGUAAAGAUUUGAAACAAGCCACGUGUCCAGCAGCAGGAAGUGGCUGGUUCACAAUCACAGUUCCCUUCCUGGAACUACCAUCCUACUGACAUACAUCCAUAUACAGAAAACCAGUUGUCUUUUCAAGGACAGUAGGAAAAUGGGCAACUAUAUUUAAGAGAAAGUCUGAUUAACUAUACAGAGUAAUAUUUUUUAUAGAAUGUUACAUAUUAUUUAAAUUUUGUUUGGUGUUUUGCCUCUAUGUGUAUUCCUGAUGUACCUGUUUACGUAUUUAUUUACAUUGAAAAUCUUAAAAUUCAU